AAGGGUUCCAUAUUUCCAGGUUUUGUUUCCCCCAAUUUCUCCAUUCCUAAACCCUCAAAACCCUUCAGUAAGGUUCACUAACUCACAAUUUACACUUCCCCUCCAAUUUUCCCGCCGCCGGAAUCGCCGCCUUUUCCCGUCGACGUCUUCCUCAUCGGCGGCCGCAACCACCACUUCACGGUUAUCAGCAUUUUUCAAAUUCACUGGAAUAUCUUCUCUGUUGAAUCGGUUGAGAAACGUUUUAAAGUAAUUUAACUGAUUAAACAAUGGUGGUUAGAGCGGAGAAGAUUGUUCCUGCUGCUGAGCAGGAUGAAGAGGAGGUGGAUGUAAAUGUGAAGAAGUAUCUUAGAGGAGAAAGUGCUAAUUUGGAGGUUUUGCAAGACAAAAAAUUGAAGGGAGAGCUUGCUGUGAAAGAAGAGUUGUAUAAACGUUCUGCAAAAGCAGCAGCGAAUGUUGAAAAGUGGCUUCUGCCUUCGGAAGGUGGUUUUUUGGAGUCUGAGGGUAUAGAAAAGACAUGGAGGAUAAAGCAGGAUGCCAUUGGCAAAGAAGUUGAUAUUCUAAGCUCAAAGAACCAAUAUGAUAUGGUGUUACCAGAUCUUGGUCCUUACAAGCUUGAUUUCACCGCAAGUGGGCGUUAUAUGGCAAUCGCAGGGCGCAAGGGCCAUUUAGGUGUCCUUGAUGUGAAAGAUAUGAGCCUGGUUAAGGAAUUCCAGGUACGGGAAACUGUAAGAGAUGUCGUGUUUCUUCACAACGAGUUGUUUUUUGCUGCUGCCCAAAAGAAGUAUCCUUACAUAUAUAACACAGAUGGUGUAGAGCUUCACUGUUUGAAGGAACACGGAGCUGUGUCAAAGCUUCAAUUUUUGCGAAACCACUUCCUUUUAGCAUCGAUUAAUAAAUUUGGACAGCUCCGUUAUCAAGAUGUCACUAUGGGUAAGAUGAUAGCUAAUUACAAGAGUGGUCUGGGUCGUACAAAUGUGAUGCAGGUAAACCCUUACAAUGGCAUCGUUGGCUUAGGACAUGCUAAUGGCUCGACUACCAUGUGGAAACCUACAAGCCCAAACCCUGUAGUCAAAAUGCUCUGUCAUCAUGGACCACUCUCAGCAUUGGCCUUCCACUCAAAUGGACAUCUUAUGGCGACUGCGGGAAUGGAAAGAAAAAUCAAAUUAUGGGAUUUGAGAACAUUCAAGGUUCUUCAGACAAUGCCAGGUCAUGCAGAAUCUUUAGAGUUCAGUCAGAAAGGUUUACUUGCUGCUUCGACCGGAUCGUUUGUACAAGUUUUCAGAGAUGGUUCGAGUUCUCAGAAUUACAGUCGUUAUAUGAGUCAUUCUAUGGCGAAAGGCUAUAAAAUAGAGAAGGUUUCAUUUCGACCAUAUGAAGAUGUUCUUGGAAUAGGACAUUCAAUGGGAUGGUCAUCAAUUCUAAUUCCUGGUUCUGGAGAACCAAACUUUGACUCUUGGGUUGCUAAUCCAUUUGAAACAACAAAACAGAGACGUGAGAAAGAAGUGCGGUCUCUCUUGGAGAAGCUCCCGCCAGAGUCUAUUAUGAUGGAUCCUAAGAAAAUCGGGACUCUAAAGCCACCGAGAAAAAAGGAGAAGCCAACACGGAAAGAGAGAGAAGAAGAGAUGGAGGCUGCCGUAGAAGCAGCCAAGGGUAAAAAGUUGAAGAACAAAACUAAAGGUAGGAACAAGGAUGGUAAAAGAGCAAAGAAAAAGCAGGAGGUCGUUCAGAAUGCAAAGAAGCAAUUCAUAGAACAGAAUAUCAAAGAGAACGAAGAGCUAUCUAAAAAGAAAAGGAAAAGAACCAGCGAAGAGGUAGCUGAGCUACCAAAAUCGCUACAGCGAUUUGCUAAGAAGAAAGCUGAUUAAAUUUCAGUUAAUCCGUGUAAAAAUUUUUGAUCCCGCGUAGCUGUCCUGUUUUGUUUCUUCAGCCUUCUAUUUUGGAUGCAGUAUGUUCUACACUCUUUAGAUAGAGUUUUUGAGUUUCCCUGUAAAAUUUCACUUCUGAUUUUUAUUGUUUUUUUCCUCUACAGCUUAAAUUAUUGAACAGAACAUGGAAAAACUGGAGAUUAUUGGAGAGUAUUUGUAUUGAGGCCAAAAUUCCA